AUGUCACUUCGACGCUCAGCCCGACUAGGCUCUAUCCCAGCCCUCACCCCGUCGAUUCCAGCCCUGAAAAGCACAGCACCAACCAAGACAGCGCGAGUCCAAGACAGCGCAGUAGCCAAACCCCGCAAAGCACUCAAGAAACCAACACCCAAGCCACAAAUAAAGACUGCAUCCUCAUACUGGUCCCCAGAACCAGCACCUACCACAGCAAAUAACUCCCAGACAACAAGACCCCAAACACCACCCCCGCUCGACCGCCCCGUCGACCCGCACCGAACAAACGCAACCCUCCGCACCCCCCAUGGCACGGCCGUGACCGCAUACCCAGCGCACGCAGAAGAUGCCUCGCCCAGUAAGACAGGUCUCCCCCGACCCCUGGCAACAACCGGCACGCUUCUCGAACAAGCAACGGCACACCUCAUAGCUACAGAUCCACGCCUCGCGCCUGUCAUAGCGCAACACCCCUGCUCGCUUUUCUCCCCAGCAGGCCUGACGGAAGAGAUUGAUCCAUUCAAUAGUCUGACCAGUAGCAUCAUUGGCCAACAAGUCUCCGGCGCUGCAGCGAAUUCGAUUCGAAAUAAGUUCCUGGCGUUGUUUAAUUUAGUUGGCGGGGAGAAGGCUGGGGAUGGGGAGUGGCAUGCUACGUUCCCGACGCCAGAGCAGGUUGUCAAGCUUGAUAUUCCGACUUUGAGGACUGCGGGCUUGUCGCAGCGGAAGGCGGAGUAUAUCCUUGGGUUGGCGGAGAAGUUUGUUAGUGGAGAGCUUGGGGCUAGGAUGUUGGCGAGGGCUUCAGAUGAGGAACUGUUUGAGAGGCUGAUUGCUGUUAGGGGGUUGGGAAAGUGGUCUGUUGAGAUGUUUGCUUGCUUUGCGCUUAAGCGGAUUGAUGUUUUUUCGACUGGAGAUUUGGGGGUUCAACGGGGCUGUGCUACCUUCGUUGGACGAGAUGUGAGUAAAGUCAAGGGUAAAGGUGGUGGUAAGUUCAAGUAUAUGUCCGAGAAGGAUAUGUUGGAGCUUGCUGCGAAGUUUGCGCCGUAUCGAAGUCUAUUCAUGUGGUAUAUGUGGCGGAUUGAAAAUGUUAAUCUUGCUGUUCUUGGGGGUUAA